ACUAGCACACCAACAUUGUCCACAUUUUGAAGCAAAGAAAGGAAAUAAAUCCAUUGUUUCUCAUAUACUACCCCUGAUUUCGACUAAAAGCACAUACGCACCAGCUAAUUGAGUCAAAUGCACACAAAUUUGAGCGGAAAUUUUAUAAAUUUCAGCUUGGAAAUGUCGAAAAUCACAGAGCAAAAUAAAACUUGACCGAGAAUUCACUUGCCGUCGAAAAAACUGCAAACUCACCAACAUAAACGUUGCCGCAUGGCGUGUGUUAGAGUGGGACAACUAUGUUGCGGAUGGGCCUAUGCUGUGAAAUGCUGCCACGUCUCUUCUUCUCUCUAGUGCUGGGAAAACUAAAAAUAUCGAAAUAACUAUUUAGCUUGGCGCCCCAUGUUUUACCCAAAAACUCCGUUCCUGGGCAACAGUUUGCUGGAAGCCGAAAUUUUUAAAGUCAAUUCGGCGGCUUUGUCCCAGCUAUUGGAAUGGCUCUGUCAGACUCCACGUGUCACCACCUACAGGGUAAACAGACUGCGCACUAAUGUGGACACACACAAGACGCAAUUGGAGGAGCAUCUCGAAAGGCACUAUGGCCAGCACGCUCCGGGGAUCUAUGGCCUGGCGGAUCUGCCCGAAGUACUGUGCAUAGCUCCACUCGAGGCGGAACUGGUGCUGCGGGUGCCUGAUCCCGCGCUUAGAGAGAUCAUUGUGGACACCAGUUGCGGAGCUGCUCUGCUGCGGGGAGCUCACAUUUAUGCCCCCGGCGUUCUGGCCAUGGAGUCGAACACACAACUGCAGGAAUUCGUCAAUGUCUACGCAGACUUGGCCGGCAAAUGCAAGCGGGGUACAACCACGCGCUACGAGAGUUCGGAUAAGGUUUUCGUGGGUGUGGGCAAGGUUCUAAUGCAGCGCUACCAACUGUACAAUAACAAGGAUGCAGCUCCGACAGGCAUCGCCGUUGAAAUGCAGUCGAAUGUCAGUGGCGUGCCCUCGCUGGGCGACCUCAGCAGCGCAGAUGCCCUGCUGCAAAAUCUGCCCUCUAUUGUUUGCGUGCGUGUCUUGGACCCACAGCCUGGUGAGCGCAUCUUGGACAUGUGUGCUGCUCCCGGCAACAAAACGACUCACAUUGCCGAACUAAUGGGCGAUCAGGGGUGUGUCGUGGCGUUGGAUAACUCUGCGAGUCGUGUGCGCGGCAUGCUGGCGAAACUGGACAAGUAUCGGAGCAUACAGGCUCACAUCUUUGACUCCACAAAGGCGGUGGCAGCGUCGAGCGAUGAGUCUUGCACAGCAGCUCCACCCUUUCCAUGCGGCAGUUUUGAUCGCAUUCUUCUGGAUGCCCCAUGCAGCGGGCUGGGCAACCGGCCGCAGCUGUUGUGCAGCAUAAAGCAGGCCAAGGUCCUGCAGUCCUAUCCAAACAUUCAGCGUCGCCUUCUGGGGCAGGCUGUCCAACUCCUGCGACCUGGCGGCAUCCUGGUCUACAGCACUUGCACCGUUACCGAGGCCGAGUGCGAGGGCAUUGUAGCCUGGGCGCUGCGAAAGUAUCCCGAGCUACGUCUGAUGGAUGCCACACCUCGGUACGGUGGUCCCGGCUUGCCACUGUCGGAUCUGGAGGCAACGCAAUCGCAGCUGCUGCAGCGCUUUGGUCCCUGCAAAGAUUUGGACACUGUAGGUUUCUUUAUUGCCAAAUUUCAAAAAUAUUAAAUGAUUAUUCAAGUUA